GUAGCCGAGAUAGGAACGGAGAGAAGGCGGCGUGUGUGGGAAAAAAGAUAAAGAGCUUUGGAUCUCUCUGGGUAGGAGGCUCAGAGGAGAUUGAUAUACAUAGACACCCAUCUCUGUUUUUGAGCUUUUCCAGCUUUGGAGCUCUGUUUUUGGUUUCUCUGGUUGCAUUUUGAAGAGAGAUUUUUGGGUUUUGGUCGGUUUUAUAUUUUAACCGGCGUUGUACGUAGUACCAUCUCUCCGGGUUGCAAUGGAAGGUGAAAUUUAUAGAGCUAGCGGGAGUCUGAGAAGGAACAGUUCUUCAAUGUGGAGGAACAAUGGCGUGGAAGUGUUCUCCAAAUCUUCCAGGGAAGAAGACGAUGAGGAAGCUCUGAAAUGGGCCGCUCUCGAGAAACUUCCCACUUACAAUCGAUUGAGAAAAGGGUUGCUGAUGGCGUCUCGAGGUGGAGCUGAUGAAGUUGAUGUUAAGGACCUCGGGUUUCAGGAGAAAAAGACUUUGGUUGAGAGGUUAGUUGCCGAAGAAGACAAUGAGAAGUUCUUGUUGAAGCUCAAGAAUCGAAUAGACAGAGUUGGAAUUGAUAUUCCAACGAUUGAAGUGAGGUUUGAGCAUAUAAAUGUAGGGGCAGAAGCUUUUGUAGGAAGCAGCGCUCUGCCUUCAUUUAUUAACUACGCCUUCAGCCUGGUGGAGGGUACCUUAAUCCAGCUCCAUAUCCUUCCAAGCAGAAAGAAACAGUUUACCAUUCUUCGAGAUGUUAGUGGAAUCAUCAAGCCUCGUCGAAUGACAUUGCUCUUAGGUCCUCCAAGUUCUGGAAAGACCACACUGAUGUUAGCUUUGGCUGGGAAGCUUGAUCCCACUCUAAAGUUUUCGGGGAGGGUUACUUACAAUGGGCAUGGCUUGCAUGAGUUUGUACCCCAGAGAACUGCUGCCUACAUCAGUCAGCAUGAUCUCCAUUUAGGAGAAAUGACUGUCAGAGAAACCUUGGCCUUCUCAGCAAGAUGCCAGGGGGUUGGAUCCCGUUAUGAGAUGUUAGCGGAAUUGUCUCGACGAGAAAAAGCAGCAAAUAUCAAGCCUGAUCCUGAUAUCGAUAUCUUCAUGAAGGCAGCAGCAACUGAAGGCGAGGAGACAAACAUUGUCACAGAUUAUAUUUUGAAGAUUUUAGGACUAGAUGUCUGUGCAGAUACCAUGGUGGGGGAUGAAAUGUUAAGGGGUAUAUCUGGAGGACAAAGGAAGCGUGUUACAACCGGUGAGAUGCUGGUUGGACCCGCAAAGGCAUUGUUCAUGGAUGAGAUAUCAACUGGUUUAGAUAGUUCCACAACUUUCCAAAUUGUGAAUUCACUCAAGCAGUCUGUCCACAUUCUCAAUGGAACUGCCCUCAUCUCCCUCCUCCAGCCUGCACCUGAAACCUACAAUCUCUUCGAUGACAUUAUUCUCCUCUCUGAUGGCCAGAUUGUGUAUCAGGGUCCCCGUGAACAAGUGCUUGACUUUUUUGAAUUCAUGGGCUUCAAAUGCCCUGAUAGGAAAGGUGUGGCUGACUUCUUGCAAGAAGUAACAUCAAAGAAAGAUCAGAAGCAAUACUGGGCACGUAGAGACGAGCCUUACCGGUUUGUUACAGUCAAGGAAUUUGCUGAAGCCUUCCAGUCAUUCCAUGUUGGAAAGGCAAUUGGAGAUGAGUUUGCAACCCCAUUUGACAGGACAAAAAACCACCCAGCUGCUUUGACAACCACAAAGUAUGGUGUUGGAAUGAUGGAGCUCUUCAAAGCCUGCUUGUCUCGAGAACUCUUGCUAAAGAAGAGAAACUCAUUCAUCUACAUCUUCAAGCUCUCCCAGCUUACGGUAAUGGCAAUGAUUUCAAUGACACUCUUCUUUCGCACCAAGAUGCACAAAGAUUCGGUAGAAGAUGGACAAAUUUAUACGGGUGCUUUGUUUUUCGCUGUGGUUUUGAUCAUGUUUAAUGGAUUGGCAGAGAUGGCCAUGACCAUUCAGAAGCUUCCCGUAUUUUACAAGCAAAGGGACCUAUACUUCUUUCCUGCAUGGGCUUAUUCUCUCCCAUUAUGGAUCUUCAAGAUCCCCAUCACGAUUCUAGAAUCUUCAUCUUGGGUAUUCUUGAGUUACUAUGUCAUUGGACUUGAUCCAAAUGUUGGAAGAUUCUUUAGACAGUUCCUUAUACUCGCAGCUGUUAGCCAAAUGGCUUCUGGAUUAUUUCGAUUUAUUGGAGCAAUCGGAAGAAACAUGAUUAUUGCCAACACAUUUGGUUCAUUCGCACUGCUCGUACUUUUUGCAUUGGGCGGUUUUGUCCUGUCACGAGGUGAUGUCAAGAAGUGGUGGAUAUGGGGUUAUUGGAGUUCACCUAUGAUGUAUGGGACCAAUGGAAUAUUGGUAAAUGAGUUUCUUGGGCACAGUUGGCAGAAGGUUCUUCCGGAUUCUCCGAAACCACUAGGAGUUAGAGUCCUGGAAUCUCGCGGGUUCUUCCCUGAUUCAUACUGGUAUUGGCUUGCACUAGGAGCACUGGUCGGGUUUGUGUUUCUAUUCAAUUUCCUUUUCGCCAUGGCUCUCACCUUUCUCAACCCAUAUGAAAAGCCUACUGCAGUUAUUCCUGAAGAAGCUCAAGAAGAGCAUAGAACUGGAGAAUCAGUUUCUCAAGGGACAAGCUCUGCUGCUGGAACCGUCUCUGGAGGAGAUGAAAUUAGGAGGAGCAGCGUCUCGUCUGGGUCUGCAUCUGCAAGGACGGAAGCUAUUGCUGAGGCUAGUCAUAACAAGAAGAAGGGAAUGGUUCUUCCUUUUGCGCCACAUUCUAUUACCUUCGAUGAAAUUAGAUAUUCUGUUGACAUGCCACAGGAAAUGAAAAACCAGGGUGUCCUUGAAGAUAGAUUGGAGCUUCUGAAGGGAAUUAGUGGUGCUUUCAGGCCUGGUGUCCUUACAGCUUUAAUGGGUGUUAGUGGAGCUGGUAAGACCACUCUGAUGGAUGUUCUGGCUGGUAGAAAAACAGGCGGAUAUAUCGACGGGAACAUCACAAUUUCUGGGUACCCAAAGAAGCAGGAAACAUUUGCUCGAAUUUCUGGUUACUGCGAGCAAAAUGACAUACACUCUCCUCAAGUGACUGUCUACGAGGCCUUGGUUUACUCAGCUUGGCUUCGGUUACCUCCUGAUGUCAAUUCUGAAACCAGAAAGAUGUUCAUCGAGGAAGUCAUGCAACUUGUGGAAUUGGAAGUGUUGAGGGAUGCCUUAGUUGGGUUGCCUGGUGUGAACGGUCUCUCAACCGAGCAGCGGAAAAGGCUGACCAUUGCAGUUGAGCUAGUGGCCAACCCUUCUAUCAUAUUCAUGGAUGAGCCAACAUCAGGGCUGGAUGCAAGAGCUGCCGCAAUUGUAAUGAGAACAGUUAGGAACACCGUGGACACAGGAAGAACAGUUGUGUGCACCAUCCAUCAGCCUAGCAUUGACAUUUUUGAAGCAUUUGAUGAGCUAUUCCUAAUGAAACGAGGAGGAGAGUCAAUUUAUGUGGGACCACUGGGUCGGCUCUCUUGCCAUCUCAUUAAAUAUUUUGAGGCAAUCGAAGGAGUCAGUAAAAUAAAGGAUGGAUAUAAUCCAGCGACCUGGAUGUUGGAAGUUACAACUAUAUCUCAAGAAAUUAUUUUGGGAGUAAAUUUUGCUGAGUUGUACAGAAAUUCUGAAGUAUACAGGAGAAACAAAGCCAUGAUUGAAGAAUUGAGCAAACCUGCUCCUGGUUCGAAAGAUCUCUACUUUCCUACUCAAUUCUCGCAACCUUUCUUCACACAAUGUAUGGCUUGCCUGUGGAAACAACGUUUGUCAUAUUGGCGCAACCCGCCAUACACUGCAGUAAGGUUUCUCUUCACAACCUUCAUCGCUCUGAUGUUCGGGACAAUGUUUUGGGACCUUGGUGGCAAGACAGAAAAGACACAGGAUCUGAUUAAUGCAAUGGGUUCAAUGUAUGCUGCGGUUCUCUUCCUUGGUAUUCAGAAUGCCUCAUCCGUGCAGCCAGUAGUGGCUGUUGAACGGACAGUCUUCUACAGAGAAAAAGCUGCUGGAAUGUAUUCACCUUUGCCUUAUGCCUUUGCUCAGGUUGCUGUUGAAAUCCCAUACAUCUUUGCACAAGCUGCGGUAUAUGGGCUUAUAGUGUAUGCAAUGAUUGGAUUUGAAUGGACUGCAGCUAAAUUCUUCUGGUAUCUGUUCUACAUGUACUUCACAUUUUUGUACUUCACCUUCUAUGGCAUGAUGGCUAUAGCUGUCACACCGAACCAGAACAUUGCUUCAAUAGUUUCUGCUGCAUUCUAUGGACUGUGGAAUCUCUUCUCCGGAUUUAUAAUUCCAAGACCGAAAAUGCCUGUGUGGUGGAGAUGGUACUACUGGGGGUGUCCUGUGGCUUGGACCUUGUAUGGCUUAGUUGUUUCACAGUACGGAGAUCUGACAGACACACUAGUUGACAGGAAUCAAUCAGUAGAGGAGUAUAUAAGAGAUUAUUUCGGGUUCAAGCAUGAUUUUCUUGGUGUUGUUGCAACUGUGGUUGUCGGGUUUACGGUGCUCUUCGCACUUAUAUUUGCCUUCUCCAUAAAGGCAUUCAACUUCCAAAGGCGAUAAGAGGCAAAGUUAUUUGGAGCACAACCAGGGUUUGUAAUGAACAUCAUCAUCUUGGACUUCAUUUAUUAUGACGAAAAUUGGGAUUUGUAUUCAAAAAGAGAAAGUUAAAUUUCUUGUUGCUGGUAGCAACUUGGUAUUAGCAGCACUGCAAUGCUAAGGAGCUGUUUCUUAUUCUAGUAUUAUGUUUUUCUCUUUUUGGUCAAUUUUUUGUGUAAUAAGAAAGUUCAAGCAAUUUGCUCA